ACCAGGAAGAAUCUAUAUUUUAAAUUGUAAUGUCAACAUAUAGAUUUAAACCUAUAAUGGUUGGGGUGGCGUAGUAAUUUUUGUCUGAUUAGCUAAUGUUAAAUUUAUUUGUUUCUCGAUAUAAAAUGACACAAUAAAUUUUAAUCGGUAUAUGACUGAUUGAAAUGCAGUUUUUAUCUUGAGUCAGAGUAUAUCGACAUUUAAAUUUGUAGUGUAGGACAGCAGAUAAAAUUAGCGAAAUCGAAAGUAGGAAUUUUUCAAAAACGAAAGAGGAAUAGUGUUUUCUUUAAAAGCCACAACUAUCCUGAAUAGUCUGCAACAUAAUGUCCGCCGUGCCUGUGAUAGCGGAAGCAUUUCAAGAUCGUCUACAGGUUGCAGCCAUCGACUUCGGAACGACAUAUUCCGGAUAUGCAUUCUCAUUUCAAGGGGAUUUUAAGGAGGACCCUCUGAAAAUCAUCACCAACAACUGGAUGGUUGGCGCUACAAAAGCCGUCUCUCUGAAAACACCAUCUUGUAUCCUAUUUGAUCCAGACCGGAACUUCCAUAGUUUCGGAUUCGAGGCUGAAGAUGAGUACGCUGAUCUUGCUGCAGACGAGAAACAUUAUGAAUGGUUUUACUUCAAACGAUUCAAAAUGCUACUUUACGAACAAAAGAAGUUAACAAGAGACAUCAAAUUAAAGGACGACAAAGGGCUUACAUUACCUGCAAUGACAGUAUUCAGUGAGGGAAUACGAUACUUGAAGGAUCAUUUGAUAAGGACUUGUGAAGAGAAAGACGUUGAACUAAGAUUUGAAGAAGUUCAUUGGGUAAUCACCGUACCAGCCAUUUGGGAUGACUCCGCGAAGCAGUUUAUGCGAGAAGCUGCCAUCGAGGCUGGCAUUGACACGAAGCACUUAUCGUUGGCACUGGAACCUGAAGCUGCGAGUCUGUUCUGUAAAUACCUUCCUAUACAGAAGGUGGAAGGGGAUGAUGGGCAAGGCAGAAUUUCUAGUUUCGCUCCUGGCAAAAGAUAUCUGGUUCUAGAUGCUGGUGGAGGAACAGUGGAUAUUACAGUACACGAAACACAGUCAGAUGGAACAAUAAGGGAGCUAUACAAAGCUAAUGGCGGUCCAUGGGGAGGGACGAAAAUUGAUGAGGCCUUUAUCAAUUUCCUCGAGGACGUAGCUGGAGUUGACACCAUUGAAGUUUUCAUGAAGGAUCACAAGGAGGAUUAUUUGAGCUUGUUCCGAGAAUUUGAGAUAAAAAAGAAGACAUUCGGUCCCGAUCUGUCGGCCGGACAAAAAAUAACAUUUAGGCUUCCUGUGUCAAUACAUGAAACCUACCGUAUCACAAGGGGAGGAGACUUCCGACGUAGCUUGAUGAUGAAGCAGGAUUUGAAAGACCAAAUAACGUUCACGGGAGAUAAGCUCCGCGUCCAACCGAAACAAGUUGAACGUUUUUUCGAAGCUACAUGUAACAAAAUUGUAAACCACCUCAAGGACAUUUUCAGCAAACCGCAGGUAAGCGGUACUGAAGCCAUACUGAUGGUUGGAGGGUUUUCGGAAUCAGUAAUGCUGCAGCAUUAUAUAAAGGAUAAUUUUCCUGAAAUGAGGGUCAUUAUUCCAGAAGAUGCUGGUCUGGCCGUUUUAAAGGGAGCUGUGAUUUUCGGCCACAACCCUAGAGCAAUUGUAUCUAGAGUAGCCCGGUAUACAUAUGGUAUACGAACGAACACUACGUUCAAAGAAGGAAUACACCCGGUUCGAAAGAAAAAGAUUAUUGACAGCGUUGCAAAAUGUGAAGAUUGCUUUGAUGUACAUGUUCCAAUGGGACAGGAAGUUAAAGUUGGACAGUCGUUUGGGGAUCAUUCAUACUGGCCUGCUUAUAAGUCAGCCACAAAGGUGUCUUGUAGAGUUUACACCUCAACAAAUGUAAAUCCAAUAUUUACGGAUGAUCAUGGAUGCUCGUACAUAGGGCAGCUUGACGUAGAUUUGUCAGAUGCUCACAGUUACGAGGAUAAAAAUAUUAUCGUGAAGAUGAUCUAUGGAGAGACUGAGCUUGGUGUUGAAGCUACAAUCGUGAAAACUGGACAGGUGCUGAAAGCCGCUUUGAAUUUCCUCGGUUAAACGGAAGAAACGGGUGUUAGGAUACUGUUGCAACCGACUUCAUUCUUUGUCUAUGAUAAAGGUUUAAAAUAUGGCAUAUAAACUUUGUUAUAAGAAUGCUACAGCAUCUAAAUAAAGCAUGGUAGAUUUUGAAAGAUAUUUUGACCAGAAAUCUUAAACUACAUGUACAUGUAAAGUUCAUGUAUGCAAGUUCCUUUAGUUUAGGAAUUAAUUAGUAUGUAUUAUACUGUCUACAGUCUUAUUGGUUGAUUUCUUAUGUACAUAAUAACAGUUAUAAUAAAAAUGCUAUUAAUUCUACUACUUUUGAUUA